UGCAGGUAGCUUCUGAUCCUUGUGUAGUGAAUAUUGAAGGUGUAAUAUUUGCUAUCUCCGCAACUGAUAUUUUGUUUCAUAUGGGAAAAGAAGAAAUAUCUCAUGGACAGAUGCCAGAUCGAUUGGGAAGAUUAUGUAGUCACAUACUAACACAGAGACACUUUUAUCCAUUGUAUCCUCCUAAUGAAGAAGUGAACAUUGAGUAUCUGCAUUAUGAGGCAAAUGCUGGACUUCCUGUUAUGCCCCACGUCCUUCUCCUUCCAUCAGAUUUUAGGUACUUUAUUAAGGAUGUAAAUGGUUGCUGUUGCAUCAAUCCUGAGAGAUUAACAAAACAUUCUAGUGGUGGAACAUUUGCAAGAAUGAAAAUAAAUCGCAUAGAUGAGAAAAUAUAUGCCGAAAAACAUUCUAUUAUUGACUAUGUUAAGGCAGAAAUUGUCAAAAUAUAAAUAUACUUCUCUCCAUGUAUAUGCUUUUGGUAUGUAUAUGAUCCAUGUUAUGCCUAUGCAAGUUCUUAAUAAAUAUCUAUAUUUUAUUA